CCAACCUCUCGCUACGCCAACCUCCUUCUUUCGCAUACAAUAUCCCAACAACACGGCACGAAACGACAACGACUUCUUGAUCUCGAAACCCCUUCUCGUCCAUCGUCCAUUUUUUGCGCUUCUUCGAUUGAUACCCCAUUGCUAUUUUCUAGCGCUCGACAGCUUCACAAAACACAGCCAAAAUGCCUGAGCAGGAAGCCCCCUACGACCCCUAUAUCCCCAGCGGCCAGGCUGGAGCCCAGCAGCAGCAGGGUACUGGCGGCAAUGCUAGGACGCAGGCGCUGCAAGCUCAAAUCGACGACACCGUGGGUGUGAUGCGUGACAAUAUCAACAAGGUAUCUCAACGUGGUGAGCGACUCGACGCUUUGCAGGAUAAGACCGACAACUUGGCUGUUUCAGCACAAGGUUUCCGCCGAGGAGCCAACAGGGUCCGAAAGCAGAUGUGGUGGAAGGAUAUGAAGAUGCGCAUGUGCCUGAUUAUCGGUAUCAUUAUUCUGCUGGUCAUCAUCAUUGUCCCUUCUGUUGUGGCUACCCGUUAAAAGCCCAAUAAAAGCUUUGGGUAUUGGUCCUCACGAUGCACACGCUUGGGACAUGACGAAUUCGAAUAAUCGCAAGCUACGACCAUGGGUUAUGGAACUUUUUUUGGGCAACUGGCCAUUAUUGCAAUGGAAUAUGAUUUGAGCACGGUGGAGUUUGUUCACAUUGGGUCCCGGUCAUGUUGUGCUGGCGACUUUGCUCUUGGGGUUGUCUGCUGACGACGCAGUCUCAGCAUCACUCCUGCAACGCUGGCCAGGGCUGGAUGUAUGAGAUUAGGCGUUCCCCGAUUAAUUGAGAUGUAUACCUUUUGACGCAUUUUGACCGGCAGAUUCGGGAUUUGUCUUGCUGCAUGGUUCGUAUCGGCGCAAGAAUCAGCUGACAGGGCUCUUGGAAUCAUUGGCAAGACGAGGUCGGUUACGAGCGUGGUUGGAGGUCAACGGUUCUCUCCUCUACCUUCUGACGGAAUGCCUACGAGUUUUCUUAGCAGCAUAAG